AUCCAUAUUAUUAUAUAACAAUUUGACAAUAUCCAAUCAAUGCAUUUAUUGAUCAUACAUACAAAGUUCAAACUAUAUAUUUGACAUCAUUGAUAAGAAAUAUGAAAUAUUUAAAGGAUAUAUAUUAUAUAUACACACACCUACAUAUACAUUCAUAAUCAUAUAUCUAUUGAUUAAUCUUCAAGAUCAAGAUGUAUGCAACAAGAUUGCUUUCCAUGUACAAAAGAAAUCCUAGUGCUCUUUCAGAUCCACCACCAUCAGGACCAAAUUCAGGUUAUCUUGUGAUAUUUGAUGAAGAAGCUCAAACUUAUUCUUGUUUUGGUUUGUGUAAGGACAAUAGAAUCAAGGAUUUUCCUUUCCCUCAGAACAAAAAUUUAACCAUCUUAUAUUCAACGGGAAGUGGAGAAAAUAGAAGAACCCGAAGAGAAGAAGUAAUGUUCUUUCCGGUAUUGAAUCAACCCUUGUCUUCAAAUCGCUACUAUGUCAUAAGAAGGAAAGGAAAACAUCAAGGGCAAGCAAACACAAGUUCAAGGGAAGAGGAUAUGGGCACAUGUUUAUGCUGCAGUUUUGUCAAUGAUGUUAAACCAACACCUUUGGAGCCCUUCAAUGAUUAUCAACAGGUUGAAAUAGUUAAGAACAGACAUGGUUUUCAUGCAAAAUCUAUUGCCUUAGAUGGAAUUCCUCCUGGUUUAUUAAGGAAAAAACGUUGGAGAGUUAAUGCUAGCACUCCACAUGAUUACCAUUUAAGUCAAGCUUUAGGCUCAAAUGAUUCCUUGCGUUUCAAGCUACCAAAUUUCGACUUUCCAACAUCCGAUGAUCGUUCUGAAUCAGUGGUUGUUGGAAAGUGGUAUUGCCCUUUUAUGUUUGUGAAGGAAAGUAUGAAAUUAAAGGAGCAAAUGAAGAUGUCAAUGUUUUAUGAGCUAACACUUGAGCAAAGGUGGGAGAAGAUUUUUAUAAAGGAAAAUGAAAACAAUGGAGAGAAUAAUGUACUUGUAGAUGUUGCUAUUCAAACAGAAGUUGCUAAGGUUGGUGGAAGGGAAGUUGUUUGGGAUGAUAAUAGAUUGGUUGAUGGAAUUUUGUGGUUUAAGAGUGUUGAGGAUAUUGGAGAAGAGACAAGUGUUGGAUUGAGUUUGGAAGUUGUUAAGGCAAUGAAAUGGGAACAAGAAAGAUUUGGAUGGAUUGCUGAAAAUGGAAGACAGAAGAGAGUAACAAAAGUUGAAGAGUUUGGUGCAACAAACAAAUGGAAGAAAUUUAGUUGUUAUGUGUUGAUUGAAAGUUUUGUAUUGAAGAGAAUGGAUGGAAGAUUGGUGCUAACUUAUGAUUAUAGACACUCACAUCAAAUUAGGAGCAAAUGGGAAUAGUUAUUUUGUUUUCCUUAAACAUAUUCUUCCUUCCUAUAUAAUAUUUGGUUUUCUUUUAAAUUGUGUAGUACAAUAUUUAGUUCUUGUUAUUUUGUACUUCAAUAUUUAGUUAUUAUAAUAUGUACAACUUAUUUAUGUAUAGCUAAUAAAUUUGAAAAUAUAUAUUUUUUCA